CUCUCCGGCUGUCUUUUUUUUUAUUAGAGAAAGGAGAAACCGCUAUGUGUGCACGGCGCCGAGGAAAAGCAGCGCCCUGAGGGAGCCCGUGGGAUCGAGUCGAUUGUUCAGUUCAGUCCGAAGAUGAAAUACAGAUAACUACGGUGUAAAGUGGACCGUGGCUGCGGCUGGGAAGAGUCUGUUGACGGAGAAAUGGAAAAGCAGCCGAAGCCGCAGCUGCUGUUGUCCUCGCAGCUCAGCCUCCUGAACAGGGUCUAUGAGGUGACAUUAAACGGCGUUUUUCUCUCCUGGAAAGAGGUGGAGACGAGACAAAAACGGGCCGUUGGCAACAUUUAUGGUCCUCUGAAGGCUGCAGGCAGCCACUACGUGCCAGUGUGUGAGAUCAUAUCCGUCCAGGAGACUGAGGAAGAAUGCCCGAGCACAGACCUAGGAAAAUGGCAGAAAGUUCCACAAAGUCCAGUUGAGUCGAAUCAGCACGCUUUCACAGUGUCCUAUGUGGAGAGGAUUCAGAAACACCGCUGGCGGUGCAGUGAAGUCACCCUCCAUUGCACUGAUAGGACACUGUGUCUGCAAUGGGUCCAAGCCAUCAGGGAGCAACUCUCACUAUUGACUAUCCGACCGAAGCGCUUGCUGGUCUACAUAAAUCCCUAUGGAGGGAAACACCGUGGGAAAAGGAUUUAUGAGCAGAAAGUAGCCCCAAUUUUUUCCCGUGCCUGUAUUUCCACCGACGUGAUUGUUACCGAGCGGGCGAAUCAUGCCAGGGACCACUUGAAAACGGAGGCUGAGCUAAAGAAAUACGACGGGGUGGUUUGCGUUGGAGGAGACGGCAUGUUCAGCGAGAUCAUACAUGGCCUAAUCUCCCGUACGCAGUGUGACUCUGGGGUAGACCAGAACCGUUCAGACGAGACCCUGAUACCUUGCAGCCUUCGUAUUGGCAUCAUUCCUGCAGGUUCGACUGACUGCAUAUGCUAUGCAACGGUUGGCUCCAAUGACCCCGUGACCUCAGCUCUGCACAUCGUCGUAGGAGAUUCCCAGCCAAUGGACGUCUGUUCCAUCCACCAUAACAAUACCUUUCUCCGCUACUCUGUCUCACUCCUUGGUUACGGUUUCUAUGGCGAUGUACUGACUGACAGCGAGAGGAAGCGUUGGAUGGGCCCAGCUCGCUAUGACAUCUCAGGUGUUAAAACGUUUCUGUCACAUCGCUACUAUGAAGGGACAAUCUCUUUCCUUCCUGCUGAUGAGAACGUAGGAACUCCACGAGACAAGCUGCAGUGCCGAUCUGGGUGUAAUAUCUGCAGGCUGCCUUCACUUGACAAGCAGGUUUCCAAAGAUGAGGAAAGCAUCUCAGACACCGAUACUAAAGGAGUGUGGCAGGUCAUCAGGGGAAAGUUUUUAGCCAUCAAUGCUGCAUGUAUGAGCUGUGCUUGUCCUCGCAGCCCCAAAGGCCUGUCUCCCUCUGCACACCUGGCCGAUGGCACAGCUGACCUCAUCCUGGUGCGCAAGUGCUCACGAUUUGACUUCCUGCGCCACCUGCUGCGUCACACCAACAAAGACGACCAGUUUGACCACCCGUUUGUGGAAGUGUACCGCGUGCACCAGUUCCGUUUCACGCCCAGGUACGAGGAGACUGAUUCUGAACUGGAGCUGCGGGAGGCUGAGGGCUCUGGUCGUAAACGCUUCUUCAGCCAGAUAUGCAGAGAGCAUCCGGCAUGCAACUGCAGCCUGGUGCACAGCAGCUGGAACUGUGAUGGAGAAAUCCUGCCUCACGCUGCCAUUCAAGUCAGAGUGCACUGCCAGUUGAUCAAGCUGUUUGCGAGAGGGAUUGAAGAGCAGUCCGUCUUUGAGGAACCUUACGCCCUCAAUGCAAUAUAGAGCUGCCUGUCACUGGAAAGAAAAAAUAAAUUGAACUUGAUGGUCCCCAAACCUUCGGGUCACAUUUGGGUUGACAGGAUGUGGUUUCCACUUCCGUUACACAUCCGUUUAUAGAGUUCACUGGAAGUGUCAUAAUUAGUACACUGGUCUUCACCAUGGCUGAGUAGAUGGCAUCUAAGUGUCUAUUUACAGACCGCUGAAAUCGCAAUGGCAAGAGCUCAGAUGGGUUAAACCUGUAUCCCCACAGUAUUUUUUUUAGUAUUUUUUUUAAACAAAUUCCUUCUUUUAGAGUGACCAAGUUGUUCAUUAUUCCUCCUACUCCACCCAAAAUGUUUGAAGUUUAAUUGUUAAGCAUGACUUUUGUCUGUCUUCCUCUGUUGUCAAGCUGGUCUUGAUGUUUUGGGCAGCACUAUCCCAAAGUUCAAGCAUAAUGUGCAAAUAUUUUCUUUACUGGAAGUGAAGUACCCAAUAUUAUCCUGCCGUAUAUGGCUGUUAUUAAACAUAAUAUAUUUAGUUACUUUACCUAUUUUCUGGAAAUGAUUAGUAUUUAACUCUUGUAAUGUUUAGCUGUUAAUUCCUGCAGCUAAACUGUUUAAUGUGUAAUAUAUUAAGUGUUUUGUAGCAGUCUAGCACUGGGGCAUAGUGUAGCUGAUAGCAAUCUGUUAGUGAUGUAAUAGUCUGGACAUUACACUGUGGAACAUUGUUUCUUAGGAACGUAAAUCCCAUGCCAAAAAAUCAAGCAUCACCUAUAGAUAUUUAACCUGUUGUGUCCCAUUAGUAUGAUCGGUUUUAUGGCACGAUCCUCAGUUGAAAGCAUUUGACAAAAUGAUGUUGAUAAACUGCGGUAGUUUUGUCAGCAACAUAAUUCUUCUGGUUGUCAACCUGUUCAUCAUCUCUAUCCUUUCCUGCUUAUGUGCUUCUUUUGCUCCGAUUUCUUGUUUCUCUCUGUCGUAUUUCUGUAAAAUAGCCACAGGGCAUCCUGCUUUGUGGCCUUCUGCUGAAGGUUUAAUGUGCAUACUCCAAGGCUGUGUUCAUCCACCAUCAAGGGAGUUUAAAAUAGCCUCUUUGCAGUAGUGCAUCUGCUGUCUGUGAAUGUUUGAGAAGCUGAGGUAGUGCACUGCUCGGUUUCCAAAUACAGAAGAUCUGGCAAAUCAUUCAUAUUUACUCCAGCAGUUGUGUAAUUCAAGUAAAGAGGAGCUGCUGUAGUGUGUGAUAACGUUAUAGCAGUCAAUGCCAGGCCAUGAACUGUCCUCAAUGUGUGUACAAACAGCAGCCAUCUGACAGCUGCUGUAUUUGGCAGCUCGGUUCAUGGCCAAUCAAACACUUACAUGCCCAUAUGCUUCAACCGCUGUGUCAACAAACCUCCUAUUCGAGCACGCAGACAGCCCUGAGAUCGGACUUCAUCUGCACCUGAAACAUAAUUCAAAAUCCUCUUCGUCCUCCUCAUAAAUAUCACUGCCAUCUUCGCUCGCCCCGGCUUUCAGUACCACGGCUGUCACUAAUUUAUGGUCCAGUGCUGGCGGUUGUGACUAGCCCGUUUGCUGUACAUUACAGCUUCAUCAGCAUCAAAGACCCCUCUACACACACAAAUGUAUAGCCAUUGCAACCUCAGUAGUGAUCACUGUGAGCAAAGCAACCCUUUCCUUCCAUAUGCUGCCUAGAUCUUAGGCAUGACUGAAAAGCGGGAUCUUCAUCUCGCAGGCUUCGAGAUGACACAUGGAAUGAUGUAUGACCUGAAAUGUACAAAAUGAUGUGUGUUCUGGGAAAAAAAAAACCCUUAAUAAAGUACUUCAAAAUA